AUGCCAUUUCGUUUUUCCGCUUUAUUGUGCGUCUUUCUUGUGUUUCUUCUGUGCCCGGUGGUGAUCUACGCGCAUGCUUCCACUGUGCCGCGGACGGAGAAAAAAUACACCAUUCAUCUUCAGCCACUUACCGAGGGUUUGGGCGACGUGGGCGAGGAGCCGACCCUUGUUUCUGUGACUGAAACAACUUCUCUGUGGUUGCCUCGUGGCUCAGCUGAAGACAACGACGAGCAUCUGACUUUUAAUGAAGACUUGGAUCCCUUUUGGGUACACGUCCUGCGUCGUCGUCGAUUUGAGUCGCUAGAGUGGUCGGGCUGCGGAGGGUCAUGGCGCC